AGCCGGCCUGAGGGGCCCCAGCGCUGGGCCGCUCCGUGGCCGUCGUCGGCGCGCCUGGAUGCGUUUGGGGGCGGGCGCCGGGCGGCCCUCCCCCAUGGGCUUGCAGCAUGCCGGUCCGGCGCGGGCACGUGGCCCCCCAGAACACUUUCCUGGACACCAUCAUCCGCAAAUUUGAGGGCCAGAGCCGCAAGUUCAUCAUCGCCAACGCCCGCGUGGAGAACUGCGCCAUCAUCUACUGCAAUGAUGGCUUUUGCGACCUCUGUGGCUACACCCGGGCUGAGGUCAUGCAGAAGCCGUGCACCUGUGACUUCCUGUAUGGGCCGCGCACCCAGACAAGCUCCACGGCGCAGAUUGCACAGGCCCUCCUGGGCUCUGAGGAGCGUAAGGUGGAGAUCUGCUUCUACCGGAAGGACGGCAGCUGUUUCCUGUGCGUGGUGGACGUUGUCCCGGUGAAGAAUGAGGACGGCGCUGUCAUCAUGUUCAUCCUCAAUUUCGAGGUGGUGAUGGAUCGGGCCCUGCUGACCAGCUCUGCCAAAAACACCAACCACUGGGUUUCACCUGCCACCUGGUUGCCCACAGGUCGUGGCAAGUCUUUCCGGCUGAAGCUGCCGGCGCUGCUGGCUCUGGCCGGGAGCAAACAGUCGCUGCCACAGGAUGACCCCGACGAGGCCGUGGUGGUGGACUUCUCCAAGCAGAGCAGUGAGUCCAUGGCCCUGGACGAGGUCACCUCCUCCCUGGACAACCACUGCCUGGGCUGCGAGGAGCCUGAGGACCAGCGGGCCCUGAUGGAGCACGGAGGGAGGGGCAGCAAGGAGCCCCCCAUCACCCACUCCUCCCCUCGGGCGGACAAAGCCCACCUCCGCCUGGAGGCCUCCUUCUCCAACUGCAGCCUGACCCGCAGCCGCUCUCGCGAGAGCUUCUACAGCGUGCGCCGGGCGUCCUCCGUGGAUGACAUUGAGGCCAUGAAGGGUGAGGGGGACAAGGGCUGGGCCCACAGCCGGCACGCCAGCACGGGGGCCAUGAACCAUGUCCGGAGCCACCUGUUGAACUCCACCUCCGAUUCGGACCUCGUGCGCUAUCGCGCCAUCAGCAAAAUUCCCCAGAUCACCCUCAACUUUGUGGACUUCAAGGCUGAGGCCUUCCUCACGUCACCCUCCAGCGAGAAGGAGAUCAUCGCCCCCAGCAAGCUCAAGGACCGCACCCACAAUGUCACCGAGAAGGUCACCCAGGUCCUGUCUCUGGGAGCCGACGUCCUCCCAGAGUACAAGCUGCAGGCUCCGCGGAUCCAUAAGUGGACAAUCCUUCACUACAGCCCGUUCAAGGCAGUCUGGGAUUGGCUGAUCUUGCUGCUGGUCAUCUACACGGCCAUCUUCACCCCCUACUCGGCAGCCUUCCUGCUCAACAACCAGGAUGGGCGUGACCACCGCACCUGCGGCUACUCCUGCAGCCCCCUCAACGUGGUGGACCUGAUCGUGGACAUCAUGUUCAUCAUCGACAUCCUGAUCAACUUCCGCACCACCUACGUCAACUCCAACGAGGAGGUGGUCAGCCACCCGGCCAAGAUCGCCAUCCAUUACUUCAAGGGCUGGUUCCUGAUCGACAUGGUGGCGGCCAUUCCUUUCGAUCUGCUCAUUUUCGGCUCUGGCUCGGAAGAGACCACCACCCUCAUUGGGCUGCUGAAGACAGCACGGCUGCUGCGUCUGGUGCGCGUGGCCCGCAAGCUGGAUCGCUACUCGGAGUACGGGGCAGCAGUGCUUUUCUUGCUGAUGUGCACCUUUGCCCUGAUCGCGCACUGGCUGGCCUGCAUCUGGUACGCCAUCGGGAACAUGGAGGGCAAGGCCAUCGGCUGGCUCCACUCCCUGGGCGGCCAGAUCGGCAAGCCCUUCAAUGCCAGCACCCACCACCUGGGCCCCAGCAUCAAGGACAAGUACAUCACGGCCCUCUACUUCACCUUCAGCAGCCUCACCAGCGUCGGCUUUGGCAACGUGUCGCCCAACACAAAUCCGGAAAAGAUUUUCUCCAUCUGCGUCAUGCUCAUUGGCUCACUGAUGUACGCCAGCAUCUUUGGGAACGUGUCGGCCAUUAUCCAGCGGCUGUACUCAGGGACGGCACGCUACCACACCCAGGUGCUGCGGGUGCGAGAGUUCAUCCGCUUCCACCAAAUCCCGAAUCCCCUGCGCCAGCGCCUGGAAGAGUACUUCCAGCACGCCUGGUCUUACACCAACGGCAUCGACAUGAACGCGGUGCUGAAGGGCUUCCCCGAGUGCCUGCAAGCCGACAUCUGCCUACACCUGAACCGCAGCCUGUUGCAGAACUGCCGCCCCUUCAGGGGGGCCAGCAAGGGCUGCCUGCGCGCCUUGGCCAUGAAGUUCAAGACCACCCAUGCCCCGCCAGGGGACACCCUGGUGCACGCAGGGGACGUCCUCACCGCCCUCUACUUCAUCUCUCGCGGCUCCAUCGAGAUCCUCAGAGGUGAUGUGGUGGUGGCCAUCCUAGGGAAGAAUGAUAUAUUUGGGGAGCCGCUCAACCUGUAUGCGCGGCCUGGGAAGUCAAACGCAGAUGUGCGAGCCCUGACAUACUGCGACCUGCACAAGAUCCACCGAGAAGAUCUUCUGGAGGUGUUGGACAUGUACCCAGAGUUCUCUGACCACUUCUGGUCCAACCUGGAGAUUACAUUCAACCUGCGAGAUACAAACAUGAUCCCGGGUUCACCCAGCAGCGACGAGAUGAAUGGUGCAUUCAACCGUCUGCGACGGCGCAAACUCUCCUUCCGCCGGCGCACGGAGAAAGAUGAACACCUGGGCGAAUCGAGAGCCCAGCCCAAGGCACUGCACGUGGGCCAGAACUGCCAGCCCCCGGGCCCCCCCAGGUGGGAGCCGUGCCUCAGCAGCUCAGCAGCAUCCAGCGCUCCCUCCAGCGAUGAGGAGGAGGCCUCCGCCCCCGUCUGCAGGGUCGCUGAGCUGUCGCCUGUCCACACCACCACCAGGGCGCCUGCUGUGCCUCCCUCCACGGCGCCUCCCGAGCAGAAGAGCAGUGGCCCUUGCAACCCGCUGUCAGGGGCCUUUUCUGGCAUGUCGAACAUCUUCAGCUUCUGGAGCGAGAGCCGAGAACGACAGUACCAGGAGCUGCCCUGCUGCGCCCCCCCUGCCCGCCCCACCCUCAACAUCCCCCUGGCCAGCAACGUCUCCUCGGACAAGCGACAUCGCUCUGAGCUGGAGGGCCGCCUGGACCUGCUCCAGAAGCAGCUCAACAGAUUCCCCAUUUCCCGGCACCAAGAGUGGAUGUGGCCGAGUCCAGUGGUGAGGUGGUGCUGCUGGUGGAGCCACCCUGUGCUGCCCCUCGACGCCUUUCGCUCCCAGGACAGCUGGCUGCGGCUGGGUCCCCGGACUUGCCCCCAGAUUUGCACAGACACUGCUCAGACCCCGGCAGUUAAUGGACUCUGGGCGGAGGCCCAGCAAGGGUCUCUCAGCAAGUGGGGGGCAGCCCCAACCGUGGACAGAGAGUGCCGUGAGCCUCUGCGGCCCACCAGAGGGGCAGCUGCCUGAGGCAUGGCCGAGCAGGGCCGGCUGCUCUCCAACAAUGUUAGCUGGCCUAACAGGCAGGCCAGCCACCGGGGGUCUCCCGGGGGACUGGCUGGAGAGCUGGCUGUGUGCAGGAACAGUGGUGUCAUGAAGAUGAAGAGCAAGUAGAUGCGAUACCGAGGAGGGUUAGAAUGGCCAUUGGGACCCUAAGCAUAUCGGCCAAGAGCAUGUUGCACAUCCCCGUUCGUGGGCUGCGGGGGGGCUUUGGUCAACCCCAGGUCUCUCAGCUGGAAGGCCAGGAGGCAGGGGACAUUCCAGCUGGACCCCCUGGAGGAGCGCAGCUCUCCAGAGCCAGCGGGAACCCCCAGCCUCCAUGUGUGAAGCUGCGUCCUUUGUGAUCCACCUGUCCACAUGUGCGCUACUGCAGAUGAGAGCAAGGCAGGGGCACUAGGAAUCCGUGGACGCUGCUUCCCUCUUCCUUGUUUUGAGAUAACCCCCCUUCCAGGGCCAAGCCUUCCAUGAACUCCCUCCGUCCACCAACGUGCCCAACACUAUUGCUGGGCGGGGGCUCCAGCUGCCCACUGAGCAAUCAUUCAAAGCCCCUUGGAUCCAUCUGGGGGGAGAGAUGGGUGGGGGGCCAGGGCAGUCUGCGUGGGAGACCUUGCUGAGCUCAGCCCUUCCCUGUGGGACAGGCAGCCCAGGAGACCCCGAGGGCGGGCAGGGAGCCGGCGGGCCGAGUCACCCCCCCCCCAGCAUCUGGGCUGUGUCAGCAGCCCCUCCUCCUGCUGCAUGGGCCUGGGGGCAGGGGUGCAUCUCUCCACAUCUCCAAAGGGUAUCAAUUCCUUGUUGUGUGCACAUGUACAUGCACCUGCUUUUUUUACCCACCACUUCCAUUGCAGGAAUUGCUGCUGAAUGUUUUCCUCCCUGUUGAUGAAAAAUGGGGUGCAGGGGAACAACUGAGAAUACAAGGAGGCCCUUGUUCUUUUCCAUGCCCUGCCUGCCAUAGGCACCCGCAGAUAAAGCCACAGCCAGAAUGGCUCCCUGCUGCUGGAUGCGCCCCCUUCCUCUCCCCCCUCCCUCCCCCUCCCCCCCAGGUUUCUUUGUCCCUCUCUCUUUGGUGGGGUGGAGGCUUUGUUCCAUCACAGUGAUGCUGACAGCCCCCACUGGCAGGUCUCAGCUUGUCCCAGGCAUCUGAAUGUGCGUGACGUUCCCACCCAGCAUGCUGUCCUCAGCAGUAGCAACUGAUGCCCAAUAAACUUGGAGUGGAUGCCU